CCCGGUGGCAACGCUGCUCAUCUGUCAGUCAUGUUUUGCUCAUGGAUGGUACGUAAUAUUAGUAAAAUUCACAAUUCCACGCAAAUUACAACGAAAUGCUAUUCAAUUGGCGAACAACUACGACAUUUGCGUGCUUUGAGAGGUGUACAAAAUGAAAUCAACGUGCCAGCGUCUGUGGAACCAGCACAGCCUGCUAAGUCAACAGAACAGAGGCUGUCAGAGAAAAAGAAGAGUCAAAAAGAGAUUGCACUCGACUUUGGCAAUCGGGAGGCGCAGGUGCCCACCUUUAAUCUCGCUGCCCAUGUGAACAACUCGUCAGCGCUGCAGCAGCUGCUCAGCCUGGGCGUUGAUCUCCAUAGCAUUGAACGUCGUAAAGGCCUCGGCGACUUUGUGCUGCGAUUGGACUUUGAGCAGAAUGUGAAGCCAUAUUUGACGUUCCUAGCGGAUCAGGGCAUAUCGCCAGAUGACUUUGGCAAGAUGAUUACAAAGAAUCCGCUGUUAUUUAAAGAAGAUCUGGAUGAUUUGCAGACACGGGUCGAGUACCUGAAAAGUAAACGCUUCUCGGAUGAGGCACGACAACGCAUUUUAACACAUAAUCCAUAUUGGCUGAUGUUCUCCACACGUCGCAUUGAUCGACGCUUGGGAUACUUUCAAAAGGAAUUCUACUUGAGCGGUCACGAUCUGCGCCUGCUGGCCACAAAAGAGCCACGCUUAAUUACCUACAACAUGGAGCAUAUUCGCAAAUCUGUUUUUACACUGCGCGAAGAAAUGGGUUUCAGUUCCAAGGAGCUACAAUCGUUGAUUGUGCGCAAGCCACGUCUGAUGAUGAUACCACCGGACGACAUCAUUGAACGUUUCAGCUAUGUCCACAAUGACAUGGGAUUGCGUCACAAGCAGAUUGUGCAGUGUCCAGAGCUUUUGGCUUCCCGCGAGUUCCGACUUCGUGAACGGCACGAGUUCCUCAAAUUGUUGGGUCGUGCACAAUACGAUCCACAAAAGGAUUUAUACAUUUCUCCUAGCGACGUGGUGCAAGGCAAUAACUUUUAUUUCGUGCGUAAUGUGGCUAAGAGUGAUUUGCAAACAUUUGACAUGUUUUUGAAAACACGUUAAAUAAAACAUCAUUAAAUUAUU